CUAAUUUCAGUUGUUUAGCGUCUGCCAAACUGAUCAAACCGACAGUGUUUUUGAUAAUUUUUACAAUAUAAAGUUUAUAGAAUUUUAAAAUUCUAGCAAUAAUGAUGAAACAAGUGAUUGGUGUUCUCCUUAUCGCCUUGUGCGUUAUGCACACUGCCUCGGCCAUCAAGUGCUAUCAAUGCAAAUCCCUGACGGAUCCCAACUGCGCCAAGGAUAAGAUCGAUUCCGCCUCCAACAUCCGUGCCGUGGACUGUGAUACCGUGCCGAAACCGAACACCAUGGAGCAACUGCAGGCAGUGACCAGGUGCAACAAGGUGGUCACCAGCGACCGUGCUGGAACGAUUGUAUCUCGGGACUGCCACUUUGAGUCCAUCGGGCAGAAGGAGAAUGAGUGCACGGUGACCCACAGUCGCCAGGUGGAGAGCUGCUACACCUGCAAAGGUGACUUGUGCAAUGCCUCCGGAGCGGGACGCUUUUUGGCUGUCAGUGCAACUGCUCUCCUGGCGAUCUUCGCCCUUCACAUGAGCUUGUGAGCCGAUUCCAUACCCAAUCGAGGAAUUUAAAAAGUAAAUGUGGAUAACGUACCUGUACAAAAAAAAAUGUAAAUUGUUAAUUAAAAUCUUGAAUAAAAUAAAUUAAA